GUUUUCUAAUGUCAAAAUGUCAAAAUCAACAAUAUAAAUGAAAGAUGAAUAAACGUUCCACUUGACAAAUAAUCAAAUCAUAUUUCAUAUGUUUGAUAAAAACAAAUAAUUAAACAGUGAAUUAUUAGCAAAUGAACAAUAAUGGAAGAAUCAGUUGGUGCACAUUAUGCAAUUCAAAUAGCAGUUCAUACACUGAAGGAUAGAUGCAAAACAUUACAACAAAGACUUCAACUUUUGGAACAAGAAAAUGUUAUUCUUCGUACUAAAUGUAUUCAUAAUGAAGAAGCCGAUAUUUCCCUUACAGAAAUAGGUAAACUGAAAAAGGAUUUAACUGAAAUAACUGAACAGAAAGAUCAUUUGAACGAACGUGUUAAAAUGGUAACAUCUGAAAAUCAAGAGUUGUGGAAUAAGUUAGGAAAAUUAGUAAAAAUGAAUAAUAAUUUAAACGAACAAUUUCACAAAAUAAAUGAAACAUUAAAUCAGCAUACAAGUCCUCCAACCUUACUAAGGUCUAAAACAUUCACUCAAAGUAAUCCUGUAAUAAAACAUUCUCAGAAAACUUUGGAAGUUAAUGAGAAUUUGAGUAUGGAGCUUGAAAAUAUUUCAUUGAAGUUGACAGAUAAUUUUUCCAAACAAAAGAUUGAACUUGAGAAAAUGUGUACAGAAAUAGAAAAUUUCCAAUGUGGAGCUGAUGACAUUAUUACAGAUUCCUUUGGAUUCAAUUUUGAGGAAAAUGUAGAAGAAGAAGUAUAUGAUGAAAUAAACUAUGUAUUAGAUUCAUUAAAACAACUUAAGGAAGAAGUUUUACUACAAAGAAAUGCACUUCGCAAAAGUGUCAAGCAAAUGGAGUGCUUGUCAGCAAAACAAAUGAAAUGCAAAAACUGUGAUACUAGAAAACAAAUCAAAUUAGAACAGACUACAUCUACAGAUGAUAUUCCCAGAAUUGGGGUCGAUAAAAGUACUGAAACUAAUAGUUUUGUAGAAGAAGAAAAACAGUCAUCUCUUACCCAAUCACUUCCAGUUGAUGUUGAAAAAAUUUGUCCGAUUUGUAAUAAACAUUUUAGAAAAGAAGUCAAAUUUGAAGAAUUUGAACAACAUGUAGAGAACCACUUUAAUCUUGAUACUGUAUUUAUGGCGUCACACUAUUCAACGUUUUGUGAUUGAAGAAGAAAUAUGUAUUGGAAUACAUCAAAAAUACUGUUAGUGUUGUACAAAUGUAUAUAUUUUAGAUAAAAGUAUAAUAUAGUAUUAUAUUCUUA